AAUUUGAGUAUUUAGAAGAGAAAAAAGUCAGCCAGCAGUGUUUAAGCAGAGACUAAGCAACAAAGAGAGGAGCAACUUUGCCCCCCUAUAGAGACUUACUGUUACUGGAGAACUGAUAAUACGAAGGAGCUCACUAGAUAAAUUUACAGCGACUUUAUCAGGCUGUAGUUGAUACUUAAACUUGGGAAGAUGCGUUUUUGCAAAACUUUUUUUCUUGCGGUCCUGCUGCCCCUGCUGAUAUCAGCACAGUAUCAAGGCGACAACGGAAUAGUUGUCCCGGAACAUGGAUUUUGUCAGCCGAUUUCGAUACCUCUGUGCACGGACAUUGCUUAUAACCAAACCAUCAUGCCCAAUUUAGUGGGUCAUUCCAACCAGGAGGACGCAGGGCUCGAAGUGCACCAGUUUUACCCGCUCGUGAAGGUACAGUGCUCGCCAGAGUUGAAAUUCUUCCUGUGUUCCAUGUAUGCGCCUGUUUGUACAGUUUUGGAAAAGGCCAUUCCUCCAUGCAGAUCGAUUUGUGAGAGGGCCAAGCAGGGCUGCGAGGCUCUUAUGAACAAGUUUGGCUUUCAGUGGCCGGACCGAUUGCGCUGUGAAAACUUCCCUGUGCUGGGAGAUGGACAAAUCUGCGUGGGCCAAAAUGACUCCUCCACUGCCACUGUCCCUCCGGUUAUAUCUGUUCCAGGAACGUCGGAUGUCUCCAUAAUCCCCCCACGUGGAAGGCCAUUCCAUUGCCCGUCUGUUCUUAAAGUUCCCCCAUAUUUGAAUUAUAAAUUUUUAGAAGAGAAGGACUGUGCCGCUCCCUGUGAGUCAUCUAGGAGCGGUGGGAAAAUGUUUUUCAGUGAUAAAGAAAUUCAUUUCUCGCGCAUAUGGAUUCUAGUUUGGUCUGUGCUUUGUUGUGCAUCUACGUUAUUAACAGUAACCACUUAUUUAGUUGACAUGCAACGCUUCAGAUACCCAGAGCGGCCCAUCAUCUUCUUGUCUGGCUGUUACACUAUGGUCUCCAUUGCCUACAUAGCAGGCUUCUUCCUCGGUGAUAGGGUGGCGUGCAAUGACAGCUUCACCCCUGAUGGCUAUAAGACCAUAGUCCAAGGCACCAAAAAAGAAGGCUGUACUAUCCUCUUCAUGAUGCUCUAUUUCUUCAGCAUGGCCAGCUCCAUAUGGUGGGUCAUUCUAUCGCUCACCUGGUUCCUGGCUGCAGGUAUGAAAUGGGGCCACGAGGCCAUUGAAGCUAACUCUCAGUAUUUUCACCUGGCAGCCUGGGCAGUGCCAGCUGUCAAGACCAUUAGCAUCCUGGCCAUUGGGCAGAUUGAAGGUGAUGUGCUCAGCGGAGUCUGCUUUGUGAGUCUCAGCAACCUGGAUCCUCUACGGGGCUUUGUUUUGGCCCCUCUCUUCAUUUAUCUUUUCAUCGGCACCUCUUUCUUGCUGGCUGGCUUUGUGUCACUGUUCAGAAUCCGCACCAUCAUGAAACACGAUGGCACCAAGACGGAGAAGCUGGAGCGAUUAAUGGUACGGAUCGGGGUGUUCAGCGUGCUCUACACGGUACCUGCCACCAUUGUUAUUGCAUGCUUCUUCUAUGAGCAGGCCUUUCGGUCCCACUGGGAGCACAGCUGGGUCAGCCACAACUGCAGGAGCCUGGCCAUUCCCUGCCCUAUGCAUCCUGGACCCCACAUGACACCAGACUUCACCGUCUUCAUGAUCAAAUAUCUGAUGACUCUGAUAGUGGGCAUCACCUCUGGUUUCUGGAUCUGGUCUGGAAAGACUCUGAACUCCUGGCAUAAGUUUUACACAAGGCUGACAAAUGGCAAACACGGAGAGACCACUGUGUAGAGUGAAAGCACAUGUGUUGCUGGGAUUAUUAUUUGUUUUAUUAUCUAUACCUCAUGUCAUAGGUAAGUAGCACAGUGAGUAGCUGUAGCAUUUGUGUUUGCCUCAGCUUUCUAGUCACACUUGCAUGCCAAACUGAGGGUUGGAUUUUGAGAAAAACACAAGCUGUAUAAACACAGACUGAACCUGACUGUGUGAACAAAUAACAAUCAUGGCUAUGGAUGCCAUGUGCUGAUUGCUCUCCACACCUUCUCUGGUUCCUUUCUUAAAGCCUCCAUAAACUCUGGGGAGUGAUGAUCCAGCAGACAAUAGAACACAGAAUGAAUGACUGAUUUGAAUUUUUUUGAACUCUUGCAAAAACAUUUCAUGUACAGUUUUACAAAAUUGUAAAUAGUAUUUGUAAAAACACAACAUUAUAUUAUUGUAUUUAAAAAGUAAAUACUUUACCUUAUCUGCUAGUGUACUCAAACUAAGUAAUUUUGCACUGUAUGAAUGCCACAAGUCCAGACAAAGACAUGCCUGUUUUUUGUUCUUUUUGCGUUUUCUUUUCUGUUAAUUUGUGAUUAUAGAUUAGAACAUUGUGUUAUUAUUCUUAAUUUACAGAAAACAUGUGCAGAGUCUCUGCAGAAUUUACAGAUAUCAACUCAUGACUAUGAAUUUUGAACUUGUGGUUAGACAGGAACAUCAUGCUUUGUGUGAGGUUUUUUUUUCUCAUCUUUCUGCUCUUAUAUGUGUUCAGUAUUGUUUUAAUAAUUAAACCCUAUUGUUAACGUGUGAUUUUCUUUCAUUCAAGCACAGCCACAUUGUUUUCUCAAGGGGUGAGGGUUGUAUCACACCUGAACAUCUGUUGCCUCAGACUGAUGGGCAACAGUUAAAGUGAUUAUUGAACACAGAACUAUCCCCCAGGGAAAUACAAGGAAUCCACGUACAUUGAGCCUGUCAGUAUAAACACAAUUCGCCUGUUAAUCACUUACUCUGUCAGUAAAUUGUAAAAUAUUUAACAUCUGUGUGUGUGAGUGGGGGGGGGGUUGUGCCUAAGCAACUAAUGCCACCAUGUAAGAAUGCAGCAGGGAACAUCUUCACACAUGUACAUUAACAUUGCGUUCGAGUGCUGAACAAAAACAAGAAACUUUUUUUUUUGCCUGUUGUGUAAACUAAUGGGAAUCUUCUGGCAAGCCAAGCCUGUGCUGUUGCAUAUGUGUGAAAAUGUUCCCGCUUGUGCGGUCGGUGAAGGCGGAAGAAAAAUAUUCAGAUUUGCUGUUGUUACUUCUCUGGACUCUCUGUGUAUUGUAGCAAGUUGGAAUCCCCCAAGCUCCUUAUGGCUGAAACUCAAUCGUCUCUGCAGUGAUGUCAUGAAGUAGAUGGAUGUGUAAGAGAAAGCUGAUCCCUGUGCCUCAGAGCAGAAGCUCUUGGCUAGAGGCAUGCAUAUAGUGUAUGCAUAUAGUAUAUACUGUUAGUGAGUGAGUUAGUGAGUUAGUCUGCACCUCUCUGGAUAAUGUUCUAAUUUGAGUUACCUUUUCAACUUAUAUCACGACCAAUGGGUUGUUAUAUUUAUUUGAUGUUUGUCUUUUUUAUAUCCUCACCAAGGGUUUAAUAAAGACGGGUUGUAAUAACAGAUGGGUAAGAGUGAUUAAAGGUAAGAACAGAGACUCUAAAGGGGGGGAAAACCAUAAAUCUACCUGCCUCCUCUAUUCUGCCCUUUUACACCCUCUAUGUCUCCACCCUCCCUGCCGCUCUCCGCUCAGAUGAAUGGGGGGAAUGUGAGUGAGUCAGUGGAGCAGUGCUGGGCCUUUGCCUAGUGACAGACAGUCUCCUGUGCUGCUCACUUCAAAGUGCCGCUGAAACCUGACAAGCUUCAUGUAAACAGUACUGCCUGGCCCGAAGGCCCACUUCCUGCGCUAUAUUCAACUUAAUGGCUGGCUUGUUUGGCUUUGCACUGAAGCAGAGAAACGAAUGAAGUGUGAGAGAAUGAAGAGAGGCGGUAUGUGGGUGGGGUCCUAGUGGUGAAGAGAGUGAGAUUGUUUUAGGAUUUAGGGGAGGAGGGAUUUGGAGAGCGUGAUGGAAAAUUCAGAAUUAUUUGGUUGCUUUUGUCUUGCAGAGGGGG